AUGGAGAAAUCGAUGGAGAAAAGCGUGAGCUCUGCUGCUUCUGGAAACUCAAUCAACUCGAAACUCAGGUAUCCUCUAAGAUCGGCUCUUAGAUCGAAUGGAGGGAAGCCUCCUGUUCCAGAUUUCUCAGCUUCUUCAGUACCAAGAAGGGGACGAGUUGCGUCUGCUGUGAGUCAGAGCACUACAGUUCUUGAUCUAUCUGCUAAGAAGAGCAGUGUUGAUCGCAGCAAGCCACCAAGAAGACUGUCGAUUCCAAACAAGUACUCAAGCAAUUCAUCUGUUAAGUCAGUCUCCAGCAGCGUCACUUCCGUCUCGGAGAGCAAGGUCAAGAGAUCAGGCAUUGUUGCUAGGAGCUUGAACGAGACAACACCUUUCUCUAGCGUGCUGAGAUCAGCGACUCGGAGAAAAGCUGAAGAUUUGUCUUCCUCUGCUUAUUGGCUGACUCAUAUCAAGCUAGCUGAAUCAGUUGGGAAACAUUCGAUCUCUCUCGGUUUCUUCAAGCUUGCUCUUCAUGCAGGGUGUGAGCCGAUUGAUCAGAUGAAGAAAGAGUUGAAAUCAUACGCUCGUCGCAAUAACUUGGAUGGGCUUGAUGAUGCUAUGAAGGAGCUGUCUGAGCUGUACAAUAUCUCUGAAGAAUCGAAGCAGAUUCAGAUCUCUGAGACUGAGACCAGUUCUGUUGUAGCUGAGGAAGCAACUGUGUCCCUGAACAAUGAUAACGAAUCUACUCCUGGAGAUUCGACCAUCCCAUCAGAGAUCAUGAAAGAGGAUGCUUUGCAAGAUUCGGCUGUUACAGAAUCAGCCAAGGAAGAAGAGGUCUUGGAGACUGCUCCACAGGGAGGAGCUAGAAAGUCCUUGGAUGAGAUCAGUGUGAAUCAAGAAUCAGAAGAUGUGGCGGUUGUUCAACCUUCAGAGAAAAAGCUUGCAAACAAGAAGGAGACAGUCUCUAAGAAGAAUCAGCCUGCGAGGACGAAGAAAUCAGUUGCAGCCAGCUCUGCAAAUCCAAAAACUGUUCCAGAAAACAAGUCUCAGAAGAAGGAUGAAAGGAUCACUAAACCAAGGACUAAGAGAAUUCAAGAAGAGACGAAGAAGUCAACCAAGAAACCUGCUGCCAAAGAAGGUGAAGUUAAAUCAGUGAAGCAAUUGAAGAAGAUGGAGAACAAAGAAAACUCUGUUGUUGUUGCUGGUGCAGGAGACGAAGUUCAGGUCUGA